UUUCUCUUGAGCACGCACAGUCUCUCUCUCUCUCUCUCUCUCUCUCUCUCUCUCUCUGUUCUUUGCAUCGCAACCCUCAAAGCCCUCAAUCAUACCCUCAAUCUACAACAUUAGACUGAGCUUUUUUUCAUGAUAUAAGGCGAGUUCACAUCUGGGUUUGAUUUAUUUAGGACAUUUCGGCUUACAGCUUGCCUUAUUCUGUCACUCUAAUCCGUGGAGUUGAAAGUUUUGUGGCACAUAUUUGGCUGAUUUGCUGAUUUUCUUUUGGUAGCAAAAGUUUGCUUUGGGACUUCAUUUGUUUAUUCUUAUGGCUACUAAUGAAAAUCUCCCACCAAACGUAAUUAAGCAACUUGCGAAGGAAUUGAAGAAUCUUGAUGAAUCCCCUCCUGAAGGCAUUAAAGUUGGUGUUAAUGAUGAUGAUUUUUCGAUCAUAUAUGCGGAUAUUGAAGGCCCAGCUGGCACUCCUUACGAGAAUGGUGUUUUCCGCAUGAAGUUGUUAUUGUCUCGUGACUUUCCACACUCUCCUCCUAAAGGCUACUUCCUGACUAAGAUUUUCCAUCCAAACAUUGCAACUAACGGUGAGAUUUGUGUCAACACCUUGAAAAAAGAUUGGAAUCCAAGUCUUGGAUUACGACAUAUUCUGAUUGUAGUUAGAUGUUUAUUGAUCGAACCAUUUCCAGAAUCAGCAUUGAAUGAACAGGCGGGCAAGAUGCUGCUUGAAAAUUAUGAAGAAUAUGCAAAACAUGCCAGACUUUAUACUGGAAUUCAUGCCAAGUCAAAACCCAAGUUUAAAACAGGAGCUAUUUCAGAGUCGACUACUGCACUGAACGUUGACCAAACUAACAGCUCUGCACUUAAUGCUGAUCAAAAGAUCACAGCCCCUGGUGCUGCUAUGCCAGUGAUCUCUGCAUCCCCGUCCCCACUGGCCCCUAUUACAGUGACGAGAGGAAAUGGUCAGGAUCAACCAGCUGUUGUUGCUCCAGUGGAGACUGGAGUUAGUGGCUGUGCUGCAUCAGCAGCAGCAACUACUACAACGCUAAGGAAGGAAGGUGGAUUGGCAAAAGCACAGGCAGACAAGAAGAAAAUAGAUGCAAGGAAGAAAAGUUUGAAGAGAUUAUGAAAACAGGGAAAAAUGAUUGAAUUUGCUGUUGUGCAGUUUGUGACUCGUUUGAAUGAGAGAAUGAGAGGUGGGGUUGAAAAGUGAAGGGCCAAAAUAUGAGGGGGGUUGGGGGAAUGUGUGGUGUAAGAAAUACUGGAAUUGGGCAAAAAAUUGAUGGAUUAAAUUUACCAGUUUCCCUUUA